CAGCGGCUGGCGGAUCGCGCUGGAGCCGCCGCGGCUGCUGCGGAAGAAGAAAAAAACGGCAAACAACGGCCCGGCCGCCGGCGGAGCAGCGCCCGGCCGCGACUCAGCCCCCGGAGUGCGGAGACGCCCAGAGUUAUGUCAUGCCCAGACCAGCAGAGGGCUCCAUGAGGAUUUAUAGAAGAUGCCCCGCGUCUCGGCGCCUUUGGUGCUGCUUCCCGCGUGGCUCGUGAUGGUCGCCUGCAGCCCGCACUCCCUGAGGAUUGCUGCUAUCUUGGAUGACCCCAUGGAGUGCAGCAGAGGGGAACGGCUCUCCAUCACCCUGGCCAAGAACCGCAUCAACCGCGCACCUGAGAGGCUGGGCAAGGCCAAGGUCGAGGUGGACAUCUUUGAGCUUCUCAGAGACAGCGAGUACGAGACUGCAGAAACCAUGUGUCAGAUCCUGCCCAAAGGCGUGGUCGCUGUCCUGGGACCAUCCUCCAGCCCAGCCUCCAGCUCCAUCAUCAGCAACAUCUGUGGGGAGAAGGAGGUCCCUCAUUUCAAAGUGGCCCCAGAGGAGUUUAUCAAGUUCCAGUUCCAGAGAUUCACAACCCUGAACCUCCACCCCAGCAACACCGACAUCAGCGUGGCUGUCGCUGGGAUCCUGAACUUCUUCAACUGCACCACCGCCUGCCUCAUCUGUGCCAAAGCAGAAUGCCUUUUAAACCUAGAGAAGCUGCUGCGGCAAUUCCUUAUCUCCAAGGACACACUCUCGGUCCGGAUGCUGGAUGACACGUGGGACCCCACCCCGCUCCUUAAGGAGAUCCGGGACGACAAGACGGCCACCAUCAUCAUCCACGCCAACGCCUCCAUGUCCCACACCAUCCUCCUGAAGGCAGCUGAACUAGGGAUGGUGUCAGCCUACUACACAUACAUCUUCACUAAUCUGGAGUUCUCACUCCAGAGAAUGGACAGCCUUGUGGACGAUCGUGUCAACAUUCUGGGAUUUUCCAUUUUCAACCAGUCGCAUGCUUUCUUCCAAGAGUUUGCCCAGAGCCUCAACCAGUCCUGGCAGGAGAACUGUGACCACGUGCCCUUCACUGGGCCUGCGCUGUCCUCGGCGCUGCUGUUUGACGCCGUCUAUGCUGUGGUGACCGCAGUGCAGGAGCUGAACCGGAGCCAGGAGAUCGGCGUGAAGCCCCUGUCCUGCGGCUCGGCCCAGAUCUGGCAGCACGGCACCAGCCUCAUGAACUACCUGCGCAUGGUAGAAUUGGAAGGUCUCACCGGCCACAUUGAAUUCAACAGCAAAGGCCAGAGGUCCAACUAUGCCUUGAAAAUCUUGCAGUUCACCAGGAAUGGUUUUCGGCAGAUUGGCCAGUGGCAUGUGGCGGACGGCCUCAGCAUGGACAGCCGCCUCUACGCCUCCAACAUCUCCGACAGCCUCUUCAACACCACUCUGGUCGUCACCACCAUCCUGGAAAACCCGUACCUGAUGCUGAAGGGGAACCACCAGGAGAUGGAAGGCAACGACCGCUACGAGGGCUUCUGCGUGGACAUGCUCAAGGAGCUGGCAGAGAUCCUCCGCUUCAACUACAAGAUCCGGCUGGUCGGGGACGGCGUGUACGGUGUCCCUGAGGCCAACGGCACCUGGACGGGCAUGGUCGGGGAGCUGAUCUCUAGGAAAGCAGACCUGGCUGUGGCUGGCCUCACCAUUACUGCUGAACGGGAGAAGGUGAUUGAUUUCUCGAAGCCAUUCAUGACUCUGGGAAUUAGCAUUCUUUACCGAGUUCAUAUGGGACGCAGACCUGGCUAUUUCUCCUUCCUGGACCCAUUUUCUCCGGGCGUCUGGCUCUUCAUGCUUCUAGCUUAUCUGGCGGUCAGCUGCGUCCUCUUCCUAGUGGCUCGGUUGACCCCCUACGAGUGGUACAGCCCCCACCCAUGUGCCCAGGGCCGGUGCAACCUCCUGGUGAACCAGUACUCCCUUGGCAACAGCCUCUGGUUUCCCGUCGGGGGCUUCAUGCAGCAGGGUUCCACCAUCGCCCCUCGCGCCUUAUCCACACGCUGUGUCAGUGGUGUCUGGUGGGCAUUCACGCUGAUCAUCAUCUCAUCCUACACGGCCAACCUGGCAGCCUUCCUGACCGUGCAGCGCAUGGAUGUGCCCAUUGAGUCAGUGGAUGACCUGGCUGACCAGACCGCCAUUGAGUAUGGCACAAUUCACGGAGGCUCCAGCAUGACCUUCUUCCAAAAUUCCCGCUAUCAGACCUACCAACGCAUGUGGAAUUACAUGUAUUCCAAGCAGCCAAGUGUGUUUGUGAAGAGCACGGAGGAGGGAAUCGCCAGGGUGUUGAAUUCCAACUACGCCUUCCUUCUGGAGUCCACCAUGAAUGAGUACUAUCGGCAGCGAAACUGCAACCUCACUCAGAUUGGGGGCCUGCUGGACACCAAGGGCUAUGGGAUUGGCAUGCCAGUCGGCUCGGUUUUCCGGGACGAGUUUGAUCUGGCCAUUCUCCAGCUGCAGGAGAACAAUCGCCUGGAAAUUCUGAAGCGCAAAUGGUGGGAAGGGGGGAAGUGCCCCAAGGAGGAAGAUCAUAGAGCCAAAGGACUGGGAAUGGAGAAUAUUGGUGGAAUCUUCGUGGUUCUUAUUUGUGGCUUAAUUGUGGCCAUUUUUAUGGCUAUGUUGGAGUUUUUAUGGACUCUUCGACACUCAGAAGCUACUGAGGUGUCUGUCUGCCAGGAGAUGGUGACGGAGCUGCGCAGCAUCAUCCUGUGUCAGGACAGUGCCCACCCGCGCCGGCGGCGCUCUGGGGUGCCGCCACCCCGACCCCCCAUCCCUGAGGAACGCCGGCCCAGGGGCACGGUGACGCUCAGCAAUGGCAAACUGUGCGGGGCCGGGGACCCGGAUCAGCUGGCACAGAGACUGGCCCAGGAGGCCGCCCUGGUGGCCCGCGGCUGCACACACAUCCGCGUCUGCCCAGAGUGCCGUCGGUUCCAGGGCCUGAGGGCGCGGCCUUCGCCGGCCCGCAGCGAAGAGAGCCUGGAGUGGGACAAGACCACCAACAGCAGCGAGCCCGAGUAGCACGGGCGGACAGGACACUUGGCGGCCAGGUGGGGGGGUGAGAGCGGCUGGGCAGGCGCCGCUGUCGGCCGGGAGCCCGGACUUGUACAGCGUCCACACUUCCCUGCGGAUUUGGGACCCAGUAACUUGACAAAAAGAUCAAAGAGCCUGACGCCCCAGCCAGAGACAGCGCCCCGUUCUGGGCCCUGUGCCCACCCAGAGACGUGGUGAAGGACGCUCUUCCUCCGGCCGCAAGGACCGAUCUCCGAGCGGGCCAUUCCCUCCAGCCAAAAUAGCGGUCUGGGGCGGGUGGGGGCCCUGCCCCAGACAAGUGCAGUGAAUUGGUGAAGUCAUCAGCAGUACUUCCCCUAGGAGGGCGUCCUUGUACCCUGGGUCUAGUUCUUACAGGGAAAAAAAAAUUAAACUCAACGGGGAAGCUUUUCUUUUCUGGAUUCCUAGAGCUCUGUUGAAUGUUCUUUUCUUUUGUUUUCACUUUUCUGCCCCCCUUUUCUUCUUCUUUGUUGUCUUUGCAAUUCUAUUCAUUUUGUUCUGUUGUGUUGUGGGGGAGGGCGGGCCCUGGACUAGGGGAUGAAAGUCUAAAUAAUCCCUGUUCCUUUUUCCUAAAUUUUAGGGUACUGACCGCUGCCAGUGCAUCAGAUUUCAGGUGCUGAACUCUCUUUUAUGUGCUGGCUGGGGGGCACCGGAAAAACAUAAAAGGGUCUGGGGAAGAAUGUGGUGGAGAGUUUCAAAUAAAAAUCCAUUCAAGUAAUUUUUUAAAUGCCAAAAACCAAUGAACUCAGAGACCUUGACAUGCCUGGAUCUUCAGGGGUGAACAUGUCUUUCCCUUUCUCUUUCUGACUUUCACUAUGGUUAGGUUGCAGUUGGCCUUUUGUGAAUGUCAUCACUGAAGAAGAAAGAUGGGGAGGAGUGCAGAAGACACAAAGGAUCCAGGGGCCCCGUUUAAGGAGGGGGGGGUCAAUCCAGCUCCCCAUACCAUGGUCUUGGCGUCACACUGAACGUGCUGUCCACAGGGGAGUGGGGACGGGGCUUCCUGCGGGUGUGGUGCAUACUUUAUCACCUGCAUCUCUUCUUAACCAAACUCAGUAGCUGCCUCUAAAGCCGGCCCUCCCCGACCCCCUACCCAAGGCUGUCACAGGUGAUUUCUUGCUAUUAGACGUGAAACUUGGGUGCAAGUAUGUGUGUGUAUGUAUUUGUGUGUGUGUGCAUAUGUGUUUAUUAAGUGGAAAAACCUUAAGUAAGUAAGAAUUUGCCAGGUUCCUGGGCCAGAGAGGGAAAGUCUCAUUGCUUAUCUACAGGUCUGGGAACGAGAAACUCACUCUUGAGUCCUAACCUCAGUGUGGGCAGAAAUACCCCAACUCGUGUGACUGUAGGAAAGGCCUUUAAUUUCUCUUUCAUGUACAAACUCAGUCACUGAUGUUUUCCAGGCUCCGGGAGGACUGCUGGUGACUUUCUCCUUGGGGGAUGUUUGCAGGGCCUGGAGUCCGCAGUGCCCAUUGGGUGGUAGGGGGGAGGCUCCCCAACAGCUGCUUGACCUUUGCUUGGCUUCACCAGUUGGGAGAGUCACACAGAGUUUUCAUUUUCUGAUGGAAAACAAAUUCUAUGCAAUUUCUGAUUGUAAACUUCAAAAAUUCAGAGGGAGGAAAUAGCCCCAACACCACCACCUUGAAUUACAUUGUCCUCACAUUAUUUCUGUUCUGAAAAUAAAGAUACCUUGGGGAAAUGAUGAGCUCAGUUCCAUGUUUUUGCCAUUUGACGAGCAUACCAGCAUCCUCUUUCAGCCAGGUCAGUUAGCUAGAGCUGCCUUCCUGGGGGCCGAAUGGCACUCUGAUUAUUUCUCUAGAGGAUGCCAGUUUUGUCGUAGACUGACCUCUUCUCUCUCAUGAAUUUGAGUCCUUUUUCCUCUUUAACCAUCAUAUGAUGGCAAGCUGUGCUGGACCUAAGUAUUUUUUUAAACCUUGCCUCAAGCCUCUUGGAAGAACGUGGAUUUGGUGGGAAUGGGUACCAUAAGGUCCGUUGAUCGCAGACCCUCAUGGUGCCACCCUGCUCUGACCCAUAGCUCCUGCCUUGCUACUGACAAAUGGGAUCUCCAAUCCAUCACAUUUGGGGCAGGAAGGGUUGCUUUUUUUAAAACAAACUCGUUUUUAUGAGCAGGAAAUGUUGAUCAAUAGCAAACUUUUUUUUAAUGGAUUAGUGAAAUAAAUGUCCCCAUGAAUCAUUUAUUAAGUCUGUUUCUUUCAGUGUGUGGAAAAAGCUAAGACUGACAGCACUAGAGAGUUUCUGUUAGCUGCUGAGACCAUCCCACACCUCAGUCCUGCUGGUGAGUGCGUUCAAAGCCAGCUAGUUCUCUUCCUUGUUUUGUCUCCACUUUUAUCUGUUGGUUGUCAGCUUUCUUUUCCAUUCUGUAUUUUCUAUCUGACUCUGUAUACUGUAUGAAGCAGUUUUUUCUUGUCUGUUUACCUUUCUUCAACUGGAAUAUUUACAAUAAAACAGAAACAAACCCUGAGAUGUUAGUGAUGGGUAAAAACUGUUUGGGUUUGGAAAGUCUGGCUGGGUGUGUCUCAUAGUCAGGUACUCAAAAAGCAAAUAAAAAUAUCA